CACGUCACGGCUGCGACGCGCGCGGCGCUCUUCCCUCGGUCCCCGCAGCGGCGUGUCGGCGGUGCGCACACAGUUGCGGGUUUUGUUCGCUGCUCGGUGGAUCAACGCCCCGGAGGAGAAGACAUGGCUGCGGCCUCGGUGCCCGGGAGGAAGAGGCUCCUGAAGGAGGAGGACAUGACCAAGGUGGAGUUCGAGACCAGCGAGGAGGUGGACGUCACGCCGACCUUCGACACCAUGGGCCUGCGCGAGGACCUGCUGCGCGGCAUCUACGCCUACGGCUUUGAGAAGCCGUCGGCCAUCCAGCAGAGAGCCAUCAAGCAGAUCAUCAAAGGCCGAGACGUCAUCGCCCAGUCUCAGUCUGGAACAGGGAAGACGGCCACGUUCUGUGUGUCGGUGCUGCAGUGUCUGGACAUCCAGGUGAGGGAGACCCAGGCGCUGAUCCUCGCUCCAACCAGAGAGCUGGCCGGACAGAUCCAGAAGGUGCUGCUGGCUCUGGGUGACUACAUGAACGUUCAGUGCCACGCCUGCAUCGGAGGGACCAACGUGGGCGAGGACAUCAGGAAGCUGGACUACGGCCAGCACGUGGUGGCCGGGACGCCGGGCCGCGUGUUCGACAUGAUUCGUCGGCGCAGUCUGAGGACCAGAGCCAUCAAGAUGCUGGUGCUGGACGAGGCCGACGAGAUGCUCAACAAAGGCUUCAAGGAGCAGAUCUACGAUGUGUACCGUUACCUGCCCCCGGCCACACAGGUGUGUCUGAUCAGCGCCACGCUGCCACACGAGAUCCUGGAGAUGACCAACAAGUUCAUGACCGACCCCAUCCGCAUCCUGGUCAAACGUGACGAGCUGACCCUGGAGGGCAUCAAGCAGUUCUUCGUGGCGGUGGAGAGAGAGGAGUGGAAGUUCGACACGCUGUGCGACCUGUACGACACGCUGACCAUCACACAGGCCGUCAUCUUCUGCAACACCAAGAGGAAGGUGGACUGGCUCACAGAGAAGAUGCGUGAGGCGAACUUCACGGUGUCGUCGAUGCACGGCGACAUGCCGCAGAAGGAGAGAGAGUCCAUCAUGAAGGAGUUCAGGUCCGGGGCCAGCCGUGUGCUGAUCUCCACAGACGUGUGGGCCAGAGGUCUGGACGUCCCUCAGGUCUCCCUCAUCAUCAACUACGACCUGCCCAACAACAGAGAGCUGUACAUCCACAGGAUUGGUCGGUCUGGUCGUUACGGGCGUAAGGGCGUGGCCAUCAACUUUGUGAAGAACGAUGACAUCAGGAUCCUGCGAGACAUCGAGCAGUACUACUCCACCCAGAUCGACGAGAUGCCCAUGAACGUGGCUGAUCUGAUCUGAGGCGGGACGGGACGGGACGGGACGGGACGGGGCGGAGCUGCUGCCUCGGCCUCCUUUUCCUUUUAUUUCCUGUUAAUUACUGAACUUCUGUUUCAUUUGUGGUUUUUUAUUCUUCUUUUUUUUUAUAGUUUUAGGCCUGAAUCUGUCCCAGUUUGUGGUGACUGUUGCUUCUGCUUUUUUGUAAAUAAAAAAUGUUUUGGUUCCUCA